AUGGCCCUCUUAUGGUUCAUUGCUGCUCUUGGAUCCUUCCGUCGUCAAUCAAGCAGCAGGUGCAUUAGAACUCUUGUGUGGGCUGCAUACACACUACUGUUUCUCAUCUUUACAUACAUGAUUGGGUUCAUGCAGUCAUCAUCCAUCAAGAUUGACCUGUAUCCUCACAUGUCAGAUGCUUUUGUAGUUACCAGUGUCACUCUUCUAUUCACUGUAACCAUCUACAAGAACUUUAUACGAAUACAAGCUUGUGUACUGGCUAGCGAGUCAUGGCACUCAAGCAAACUGCUUGCUGACUACAUGAAGCAUGAUGCUGAUUCAAAUGAGUCUAGAUAUGACCUCAUUAGCUUGUCAGGCUUCAAUUACCUUGUAUGCUGGGUUGGUGCUAGGAUUAGGUCUGAGCCUCCUUACUACCAAAGAAAAUUUAUUGCAACAGAAAAUAUUAUAACAAUUGAGCAGAUUUGGCGUUGUAAUGGUAGAUUGAUGAAGUCCACUGAGGGUGCCCAAUUGAAAGAUAUAUGCCUUUCUUUUGCACUGUUCCAUUUGCUCCGGCGACGCUACUUUGGAUUUUCUUGUUCUGAAUCUGGCCUCAAAAAGACUCAUGACUUCAUCUUUAGAGGGCUAUUAGCUACCAAAAAGGAUUACAGUAGGGCUUUCAAGGUGAUAGAAGUGGAGUUGAGUUUCCUAUAUGAUUUUUUCUUCACCAAGUAUGCCCUCAUGUACUAUCGAGAAUGUGUAAUAAUCUUCCUUACCAUUAUUUCAGUCACAUUGACCCCUUUGGUUAUAGUGGCUGUAACUCGUGCGCAUGGAAUACAUGGUGAUUGGACCACAAUGGAAGCCAAGAAUCCUGAUAUUGUUAUUACUGUUCUAAAUUUAGUGUCACUUGCUUUGCUGGAUAUGUUGCAACUUAUACUGUAUUGGUUCUCAGACUGGGGUAAAGUUUCGUUAACUUGCAGGUAUGUCAGUCAUCUCUGGUGGCAAAAGAAUAGAUUCAUAGAGAAGGUACUUAUUUUCCUCUGCAAGAUUACAUUGCUUCCGAAUUGGCAGAACAAGAUUGGUCAGUAUUCGAUACUUGAGUCCUUUGAAGGCAAUAUUUGUAAGAGAUGGUUGAACAUUUCCAUUAGAUGGAGCAGUAUCAUUUAUCUUCAUGAUCAAGAGAAGAUGGGUAUUAACAUGGGUUGCUUGGUAAAUAAUCGCAAAGCAGGAAUUCCUGCCAAUGUGCACAAUGAAGUCAAGAAAGCAAUUGUGCAGUCUCUAAAGGCUAGCGAUGGCCAGCUAUCCAAUGGCUUGUCCUCCUUAACGAGAAAUGGUCUGCUUGAGCACUUCUCCUGGGCAUGCAGGCAAGAGACUCAAACACAUACAAUCUUGAUUUGGCACAUAGCUACCAGCUACUGUGAAAUUGCACCGCCUGAGUUGGAGUUGGGUGGGAGCAAAGAACAAGAAGAUUUUCUGAUCCAAUGCGAGGUUGGCAUCAAACUAUCAAGAUACUGUGCAUACUUGGUUGUGUUUGUUCCAGAGCUGCUACCAGAUCACCAAUGGGAUGCAAAAACCAUAUUUGAUGAGGUGGAAAAGGAAGCACGUGAAUACCUGGGAGGUGUAAAAACGUUACAGGAAAAGUAUCAGGUAAUGAAAAACCUGGGAGAACUAGAGGAAACAAUUUUUGCGAAAGGUGCAAAACUUGAAAAGAAAUGCAAGCAGCUGCUGCUCUGCGGGGUAUUUGCACCUGGAAUCCAUGGCAAGCAACUGCUCGAUGACACACCUGCAAGACCGAGCAGUAGAGGCAAGUAG